AGCAACCUUUCCGGAAUCGAUUACAAUCCAUAUCUCCUUGAGAAUUGCAACACAUAUCAUCUCCUCUGAACCUCCCUCUCAUAAGCCCCUCAAGGAUCCAACCCUACCCUCUAUAAUCGUCACCCACCCUAUUACCAUCUGCCAUGUGGCCUGCUCAUCACCAUAGAAACCACUUCCAUGCACGUUAGUGAAAUGGGGAAACCCUAGCUAGCAUACCCCAGCUUCCAUGUUCUCGCCCUUCUCCACAGAGACAUGAGGGCUGAGCUCAGGGGCAGCACUCCGGGCCAUGUCUCCGUGCCUGAUCCUAACCCCUUUGACACCCCCCAUGGGUCACUCUCCGGCGCUCUCAAGGGGUGCCUCGGAAGCCUGGAUGGUGCAGGCAUCGAGAAGCUCCUCCUCCACUGCGCCACCGCUGUCGAGGCCAACGACGCCACCCUGGUUCAGCAGGUCAUGUGGGUUCUGAACAACAUCGCCUCCUCGCAUGGCGACCCCAACCAGAGGCUCACCUCCUGGUUCCUUAGGGCGCUCGUCACCCGCGCCUCCCAAUUCUGCCCAACCGCCAUCCCUUCCGCCACGACCGGGCUCACCAGGGCCCGGCCGAUGACCGCAACCGAGCUCGUUGGCUACGUUGACCUCACUCCAUGGCACCGCUUCGGAUUCACGGCAGCUAAUGGCGCCAUCCUCAAGAUGGUGCAGGGGAGGCGGAAGGUCCAUGUGCUCGACUUCAGCAUAUACUACUGCAUGCAAUGGCCUACCCUCAUCGACGCGCUUUCUGGAAGGCCCGAAGGGCCACCAUUGCUCCGAAUCACCAUGCCCUCCGCUCGGCCAUCGGUUCCACCUCAUCUGAAUGUUUCCACGGAGGAGAUCGGGCUGAAGUUGGCAAACUUUGCCAAGUCUAGGGAUGUGCCACUCGAGUUCCAUGUCGUCAAGGCCACUUGGAGCUGCUCCAGUGAUGCUCUCAACGGACACUCAAACUUCCUCCAAGAGUUCGCGUCAUGUCUGUUGGAUCCUUCCUCGCUAGGCUUAAGGGAGGGAGAGGCCCUCGUCGUCAACUGCCAGAGCUGGUUACGGUAUCUGCCGGAAGGGUCAGGGAGAGCUACUGACGACCUAUCCUCGAGGGAUGCAUUCAUGGAAUUAAUUCAUAGGCUUAACCCUUGCCUUGUUACUGUGACCGACGAGGACGCAGACUUGGACUCCGCAAGGCUGACCUCCAGGAUCAUGUCAUGCUUCAACUACCUAUGGAUACCAUUUGAUGCGCUGGAGACUUUCUUGCCCAAGGACAGCCCUCAGAGGUUGGCGUACGAGGCGGACAUCGGGCAGAAGAUCGAGAACAUCAUCGGGUUCGAGGGGGAGGAACGGAUGGAGAGGUUGGAAUCGGGUGCCAGGUUUAGUCAACGGAUGACAAGGGCGGGGUUCGAAAGCUUUCCCUUCGACGAGGAGACAGUGAGCGAGGUGAAGCUUCUUGUCGAUGAACAUGCGAGUGCAUGGGGACUGAAGAGGGAGGAGGACACGUUGGUGCUCACAUGGAAGGGCCACAAUUCAGUCUUCACAACAGCUUGGGUCCCAAGCGGAUAUGAUGGAUGAAAUCGCUCGUCUUAUGGUGGGAGCAGCACCAGCUCCUCGGUGGUCCUGAGCAAGAAAGAUGACAACAACAUGUUGCCGACAGAUGCACAGCUUUUCUGAGCCUUCCGCAACUCCAUAUCGGCGUCCAUCCGGGAGCAAACCAUGCAGGGCCGCCAAUGAUGCUGUCUAUCUACCAUGUCAUAUGGCAGGGAGAAUGGUUUAUCUUCCUUACUUGUAUGAGCGUUCCAUUCAUCCUCUGCUUACGAGCCGCCGCAGAUUAAUUCUGGUCUCCCCAUUAAAUUUCUUGGUAUUUUAUU